AUGUUGGAUUAUGCGAUUGAGCAUCGGGAGGCCAUUGAUAUUGUGACUCAACGUCAAGAUCUCGGUCUGUGGAAGUUUGAGCUGAAUAAUGAGGAGUGGGCAAUUGCCAAACAGCUGAGGGGUGUUCUCAAGAUUCUAAAGGAUGCAACACUAUUUUUCUCCCACUCGACACCUAAUCUAGCCACUGUGAUUCCGGCCAUGGAUCUCAUUGAUGAAAAGCUCACUACAUACUCCCACAACAGACAGUAUCACCCUUCAAUCCGCUCAGCUGUUCAGCUGGCAAAGGUAACACUUAACCGGUACUAUCAACUUACAGAUCAAUCCGAAGUCUAUCACAUCGCCAUGGUACUACACCUGCGUCACAAGCUCGUAUACUUCAGGAACGCUCGAUGG